AUGGGAGAAAGGCCAACAAUCCGUCAGAUCCGAUGGAUCUUGACAGGGAAGAGGUACUUCCUUGUUAUUGAUGAUGUAUGGAAAGUACAAGACUGGGAAUUUAUCAACGCAGCUUUUCCUGACAAUUAUAAUGGUAGCAGAAUAAUUGCUACUACACGCAUUGCCAAUGUAGCCAAGUCAUGUUGUUCGAACUCAUGUGGCCGGCUCUAUCAAAUGCUACCUUUGAAUGAUGUUGAUUCCCGAAUAUUGUUCUUUAAGAGAUUUUCUGACUCGGAAAGCUCCUUCCCUCCUCAACUCGAAAAAGUUUCAGCUAGGAUCUUAAAAAAAUGUGGUGGUCUUCCAUUGGCUAUAAUUACAAUUGCGAGUUUGCUAGCCAAUAAACCUCAAAACGCAGAUGAAUGGGAGAGACUCCAAGAUUCCAUUGGUGCAGGUCUUUCAUAUGAGAGUGAUGAUGGUGGAAAGGGUAUGGCACAUAUAUUGUUACUUAGUUAUUGGGUUCUCCCGCACCACUUGAAGACUUGUUUGUUGUACUUAUGUAUAUAUCCAGAGGACGCGAAAAUCUCGUGUGAAGAACUGAAAUGGAAAUGGAUAGCCGAAGGGUUUAUUACUUCAAAGCAGGGAAAUUUGUAUCAAGAAGCAGAGAGUUGUUUUAACGAACUUGUCAAUAGAAGUAUGCUCCAGAUGGUUAAUGUUGACAGUUUUGAAGAGAAGUAUUGUCAGGUUCACGAUAUGGUGCUUGACCUUAUAAUUUCUCGGUCAACUGAAGAGAAAUUUGCCACUGUUUUGAAUGGUGUGUGCAAUUCGUUGCCAACCAAGAUGCGUCGACUCUCCCUGCAAUCUAGUGGGCUUGAACAGAAAGGGGCAAUCCAAGCCAUCAUAAGAAGCAAGUUACAUGUUCGCUCAUUGAAUGUGUUUGAAGAAACAAAGGAUAUACCACCACUCGUGGACUUCCUGUCCUUGCGUGUGUUUGAUAUAUACAGGGAUUAUUCGUCAUGGGAAAACAAGCAUAUAAGAAACAUAGGAAGUUUCUACCAACUGAGGUAUUUGAGGAUGAGCGCACUAGGAAUCACAGAGCUUCCUGCUGAUAUUGGAAAACUACAGAACAUAGAGACACUUGAUUUGCGGGGAAGUCGUAUUAGAAGACUGCCAUCAACAAUAGCCCAGCUACAGAAACUGGUACGCCUAUUGAUUGACAACGAUGACUUUGUGUUUUCUGCUGAUAUGUUUGGGAACAUGCGAGCCCUGGAGGAAGUGUCAGAUAUCUAUAAAGUUGACAACCCUGAAUUUUUUUUGGAAGAGUUUGGACAUCUAACAAAAUUGAGAAAGAUUUCGAUGAGUAGGUUAUGGGGGUGGUGGCAUGUGAAUUUCGGGAAUGUUAAAUGCUAUCGAGAAGCACUGGGGUCAUCUCUAAAUAAGUUGGGUAAAUACAGCCUUCAGUAUCUUCAUACUAACGGAGAUAUGGGAAACAUUAUAUUUAGGGAUCCAUGUUGCACCUUUCCACACCUCCAAGAUCUUAAACUGGUGCAUGACAUGGAAAGGAUUCCCAAGGGAGUGGCCUCCCUAACCAACAUCGUGAAAUUGGAGAUAGCAGUCACACAAUUUGAUGAAGAAGGUCUCCACAUUCUCAUGGGUAUGCCUUCUCUGGCCUAUCUCCAGCUAACGGUAGGGUUUCGUGGCGCCAUGAGUCCCAUGACUAUUAGUAGUAACGGAUUCAAGCUCCUAGAGGUGUUCCACUUCCACUGUAACAUAUCAUACGGAGAAGUGGGGAUAGAAUUUGCAGCAGGUGCUAUGACAACACUCCGGCGGCUCCAUCUUUCCUGGCACGCAAGGCUAGUUAGGUUGAGUUCUAGUGAUGAUGUUGGCAUGGGCAUCCAGCAUCUUUCAAGCCUUACGCAAAUCCAGGUCGAAACUUGGUGUGUUGGUGCAACUCUAGAGGAGGUGGAGGCCCUGGAGGGUCCCGUUGAAAAAGCAGUCACCUUGCACCCCAACCGUCAGACUCUUCAACUCCAUCUCCAUAGAAAAGACGAACAUCUUAUGUUCAAGGACGAGGAGGAAAGGAAGAGGGGAAGGCCCGCUGGUUUCUUCGUUCCUUUGGCCAUGUUGGAGGAGAAUGCGCUAGAGAAGCAAGAAGAUCAAGUGAGCUGA